AAGGGAGAUGAUCAGUGUCAUACUUCCUUUUCAGCCAUAAUACAAGAAAUGGGUCUCCCGAAGUAUGAUAUGGCCAUUGGUCUUCAUAAAGGCCACAAGACAACCAAGAUCCCCGAUGCUUCUAAGUCACGGCAAUCAAGAAGGAAAGGGACCUUGACAAAGAAAAACAAAUUCAUUCGUGACUUGGUUAGAGAGGUUACAGGAUUUGCUCCUUACGAAAGACGUAUCCAGGAAUUGCUUCGUAUCUCAAAGGACAAAAGAGCACUCAAAUUCUGCAAAAAGAGAUUGGGCACUCACCUUCGUGGCAAGAAGAAGCGUGAAGAAAUGCAGACUGUCUUACAGAAGAUGAGGAAGGCUGCACAGGCACAGAAAUAAUCUAACUUACCCUGUACAUAGCUUGGUCAUUAAACAUUAUGCCAAGUC